CCCACGUGAUUCCAGUCCUCUCCCAACCACUCUUACCACUUCCGGGUCGUCUCCCCCAGCAUGGCUACCUUGGCAGUCAGGGAUGCGGUGGGUCAGGUGGUGUUACCCGGAGAUGUGCUCGUUCUGCCGGCACAGAUAGGGGACGGCUCGCUGUCUCUAACAUCUUUGUCUCCUUCCUCCGGUCGGGUGCGGGUGGUGUGCGGCCCGGGGCUCGCUCGGCAUGGAGACAACCUACAGGUCACUAAGUGUGGAGUGGUGAAGCAGAGGGAUCCGGCGGUGUACUGGGUGGACUCCCAGCAGAAGAGGUAUGUGCCUGUUAAAGGGGAUCAUGUGAUUGGAAUUGUCACCACCAAGGCUGGAGAUAUUUUUAAGCUUGAUGUUGGAGGAAGUGACCAAGCUUCUUUAUCAUUCUUGGCCUUUGAAGGUGCAACGAAAAAAAACAGACCCAAUAUAAAGGUUGGAGAAAUCAUUUAUGGACAGUUCAUCGUGGCAAAUAAAGACAUGGAACCAGAGUUGGCAUGUAUUGACAGUUCCGGAAAAGCGAAUGGGAAGGGUGUCAUUGGAGAAGAUGGCCUUAUGUUUAAAGUAUCCUUGGGACUAGUAAGAAAGCUUUUAACACCCCAGAAUGAUAUUGUCCAGGAAUUGAAGAAUGUAUUUCCGUUUGAAAUGGUCAUUGGACUGAAUGGAAGAAUAUGGAUUAAGGCUAAAACUAUCCAACAAACUUUAAUUGUAGCCAAUUUACUGGAAGCCUGUGAAUUUUUGACUGCUGCCCAGAGGAAGCAGGUUUUUGCAAAGUUCUCAGACAGCAUGUAUUGAUCAUCCAUCCAGAUGUAAAUGAACCACAUAGGAUUUGUUUUAUGGUAUUGAGAUACAAAUUUUAUUUUUU